UAAAAAAGGCAAGUAAACCUGUACUCGAUCAUGUGUAGAGGGGGAAGAGACACAGAGUUCUCAAAUACUCUGCAAUUCGGACCAGAUCCGCCAUAGACCAGGCGGAUUCCUCUACGGAAGUUCGAUUCCCGGCGAGGUCACGACAAUAUGAAAGGUCAUCGACAGAACUGUAACCAUAAUAAUCAUCAUAAAUCGGAGGAGAAGGAGAAGAAGACGAAGAGGCGAUUGAUGAAGUACGGAGACUUGCCGGAGUACUUGAAGGAUAACGAAUACAUAUUGGAUUAUUACAGAUGCGAGUGGCCAUUGAAGGAUGCCUUCCUCAGCAUCUUUUCCUGGCAUAACGAAACCCUCAAUGUCUGGACGCAUUUGGUCGGAUUCUUGAUAUUCGGGGCGUUAACGGUGAUGAGCUUGACGGAGAACGGCGACGGAUUGAUCAGAAAUUUCUCCAGAAAGCAGGUUUCAUCGCCGCUGAUGAUGAUGACGACUACGAUGAAGAAUGACACGAACGACGUCUCUGAACAUCAUGAUGUGUUUCCGGAUUCACAUUUGAGAUUGCAGCAAGCAGUGUUGCAUGUUCAUGAAGAUGGUAUACCAAGAUGGCCAUGGUUUGUUUUCUUAGGUGGAGCAAUGGGGUGUUUGAUUUGCAGCUCCCUCUCUCACCUCUUCGCUUGCCAUUCUAAGCGUUUCAACCUCUUUUUCUGGCGGCUUGAUUAUGCAGGAAUCUCACUUAUGAUAGUCUCUUCAUUCUUUGCCCCCAUUUACUACGCCUUCUCCUGCCACCCCAACGCGCGACUCUUUUACCUCACCUCCAUAUCUGUGUUCGGAGUGCUUGCCAUCAUCACCCUCCUUGCGCCAGCUCUGUCUGCUCCUAGUUUCCGGUGGUUCCGGGCCUCCUUGUUCCUCACUAUGGGAUUCUCAGGGGUUAUCCCAGCGUCACAUGCUGCUGUAAUUCAUUGGGGGCACCCGCAUAUAUUUAUAUCCAUUGGAUAUGAACUCGCAAUGGCCAUUUUUUACGCCGUGGGAGCCAUGUUUUAUGUUAGUAGAAUACCUGAACGAUGGAAGCCUGGUGCAUUCGAUAUUGCUGGACAAAGCCAUCAAAUUUUCCACGUCUUUGUUGUUCUAGGGGCUCUUGCUCAUAGCGCUGCCACUCUUGCUAUUCUGGAUUUCGGACAGGAAUCACCAGCAUGUGUAUGACCGAGGUUGUGUUUCUCCCAGCUUGCUUUGUACCACUAGAAAUAAUUAUCUGCAGUUCUAUUGAAGUGGAGAGAUCAUGUUACUGUA